AAACAAAUGUGGUGUAAAAAAUGGUGGUAGGUGAAGGAUCGUGAGAGGCAGGAGAGCACUCCACGCUCUUCUUCUCUUCUCCUAUAACAUCAACUUGUCUUCCUCCUUUAACCAAGCUUGAACAUCAUUCUCACACUCUCAAUUCAACAAUGAGAACUCUUCUACCUUCUUCUCCUCACAAUCCAAUGCUCCGAUAUUCCCAAACUCCGGCGACGGUAACGGCCUCACGGAGACGCUUCAUUCAUUGCGGCAAGAGAUCCGACUCUUCCGCCGUUGGCUCAAGCAGAUCAGAUUGGCAAAGCUCUUGGGCCAUUCUCUCUAGCAAAGUCGUUUCUCAGGAACAAUCCGAAUCUCUACUCUCCUCCGUUAACGGUCACAGCAACGGCUCCGCCGAGACCUCGUCUCUGAAUCUCGUACCGUUCGAUAACAACUCGUUGGCUCCGAUUCAGCAGUCGAAGAAGACGACGCCUCUCAGCAUUACGGAUCUAUCUCCCGCUCCGAUGCACGGAUCUAAUCUCCGAGUCGCGUAUCAAGGCGUCCCCGGCGCUUACUCCGAAGCCGCCGCCGGUAAAGCUUACCCUAACUGUCAAGCGAUUCCGUGCGAUCAAUUCGAAGUUGCGUUUCAAGCGGUUGAGCUUUGGAUCGCGGAUCGCGCGGUUUUGCCCGUGGAGAACUCUCUCGGAGGUUCGAUUCAUCGUAACUACGAUCUUCUCCUCCGUCACCGUCUCCACAUCGUCGGAGAGGUUCAGCUUCCUGUUCACCACUGUCUCUUGGCUCUCCCCGGCGUGCGGAAAGAGUUCCUCACGCGCGUUAUCUCUCACCCUCAGGGACUCGCUCAGUGCGAGCACACGCUCACCAAACUCGGCCUCAACGUCGCGCGUGAGGCCGUCGACGAUACCGCCGGAGCCGCGGAGUUCAUCGCCGCGAACAACGUCCGCGACACCGCGGCGAUAGCGAGCGCACGCGCCGCGGAGAUCUACGGGCUUGAGAUACUCGCGGACGGGAUCCAGGACGACGCGAGUAACGUCACGCGGUUUGUGAUGCUGGCGCGUGAGCCGAUCAUACCGAGGACGGAUAGGCCGUUCAAGACGAGUAUUGUGUUCGCGCACGAGAAAGGCACGUGCGUUCUGUUCAAGGUGCUCUCGGCUUUCGCGUUUAGGAACAUUAGCUUGACGAAGAUCGAGUCGAGGCCUAACCACAAUGUCCCGAUCAGGCUCGUCGACGAGGCUAACGUCGGGACGGCUAAGCAUUUCGAGUAUAUGUUUUACGUUGACUUCGAGGCUUCGAUGGCGGAGGCGCGUGCGCAAAACGCGCUUUCUGAGGUUCAGGAGUUCACGUCGUUCUUACGUGUCUUGGGGAGUUACCCGAUGGAUAUGACUUCUUGGUCACCAUCGCCGCCUUCUUCGUCGCCAUCUUCAUUGUCAUUGUAACACUAUUUUAUCAUACCAGACGUGGAUAAAGAAAUACUCCGUUAGUGAUAGUGACACUUGAACGAUAACUCCAAUACGGUGAAUCUAUAGUUCGAUCACCACCAGAUAAUUUAACAUUGCAUUUCUGGAACUGACGGACUGAUUUUGGUCGCUAGACACUUUGGUUAAUUCAAAUAAAAAAGAAUAUCAAUGUUCGGUUAGGUGGGUGUAGUGCCGAAUCAAUUAAUCAGAAAUUAGUCGAAUAGUUAUUUUUUGAAUUUUAUGUGAUUUUAAGAGUUAUAUAUUAAAUAUAUUCACUCAUUUCGUAAUUCUUGUGUGGCCUAAUGGUAUGUCGCUAACAUGCUUCAACGCUCAUUUCUUUAUUUUUCUUUGCUAAUCUCGUGUUUUUAGUCUAAAUACUAUAAAUCUAUGAUCUAAUAUGCGACUUAGAACUUAAAGUCUACAACAGGAAGAUUUUUUUAAAAAAUCCGAUAACUAUACGUUUCGAGGCAAAUCGCCACAGUCACCAACCGUUUCCCGACUUUCCGGCGAGUAAUCAGCCGAGUUGAGAGAUUUUUCGAAGAGGGGUGAAUAUACAUACUCCGUAACACAAUUAUCCUUUAGAGCUUUCUCUCUCAUCUCUAUUCCCUUUCUAAAACCUUUCACAAAGAACAGAGAGAGCUUUCGUUUAUGUUGGUUUGUCGAUCCUCUCGGCCUCCACUCUUGAUUAUCGGGCUUUUGACUCUUGGUUGGGGUGACUUCCAUAGCACCUCAUCGUGGGCUUUGUCUCCGGGAAACAGUGGCUCAUAAAGCACCGAUUUCACCGACUUUGGUUUGAUCACCACUUCUCGUUUCACAUGUUUCACCGACUUUCGAUCUGAUCCUCUUUUUCUUCCUCCCCUUUCUUUAAGGUCGUUUCAUCUUCAAGCUAAACUUUAUCUACAACGAUGAUUGCUUAUUUUUUUCAGGAAGAUCGAAGUUUUUUUGAUCGAUUGAUAAUGGUGCUUAUCCUUCUAGAAAUGACGAUUCGUCAGACUAAGUUUCUGAGGUUGAAUUUCUAUGACGGCUGCUCGGCUUGAAUGGCCUCCGUUGAUGGCGGAGUUUCGAUGAUCAUCUUUUCUGGCUCUGGCGGAGGAAGUUAGCCCCCGCCUUCACACGUGUUCUGAGAACAUGUCAUUUCCUCCGCUACGAUUUACGGUUGCUGGGCUUACGGUCCCAAGUUUUGUUUAUGUGUGUCUUCCCCUAUGUAGCUCUAUAAUUUUCUAGAAAAUAUAGUAUAAUUCAUUUUUUUAUCAUAGAAACGUCUUAACCACUAUAUUUUCGUUCAUUACAUGUUCUUAGAUUCGAAAAAAUAUCCGCUUUUUGGUUUUAUGGCUAUCUCCCAUUCAAAUCUAUACAAAUUUAUGCAAAAAUAUCUUUCUCGACUGUGAAACAUCUCACACACAUCAUCCAAAUAAAUCAUCCCCGAGAAAAAUCCUAAAAAUCCAGUGAUGUGCAUUCAAAGAUCCACGUAGAACUUCAAACAACCAAUUUAGAUAUGUUUAGUCAGAACUGUAAUUGCAUUUUAAAAACAUUAGAACUUCCAUAACUUUCAAAACAAAAUGAAAAUCAACAUAAAAACUAAACUAAAAACAGUUAAAUUUUGAUAUUUAGACUAUUUUUUUGGAACUUAAACAUCAAAGGUUAAGUAACAUAAAAUAUGUCUUAAUUGUAAAACUUUCAAAAAAAAAUAUUAUGUCAAAAUAAAGUUUAAAUCAUUUUUCAGAAAAAAGUAAGUUAAAAUAUUUAUAAAACAACUAACAAAAAGUACAUACAAGAAAUUAACUUAAUAUCUAGGGUAUUUACUUGAAAAAUUAACAUAUAUAAUUGUGAUUAAAUAUUAAAAUAUAAUAAAUUUCCAUCUAAAUAAAAUUGAUUUAAGAUUUGUUACUAAAAGAUAAGAUGAUGUCUUAGAAAGAUAUAAAUCUUCUAAGCAAUCUUAUUUGUCAAAAUAAAAUAUAAAUUAGUACAAAAGACUAACAAGAUAGAACUGACCUAAAUUAGAUUGAUAUUUAUGCUACUUCUUUAAGAAUUUAACAUCAAAAUUAUUUUUGUUAAAUAUCAGAAAUAGUAAAAUUCCAUAUCAUUUGAAACAAAAUGGUAAUAAAUAUCUCAUAAAUCAAAUUUAAAACUAUUUAAAAGGUACUAAAUUAAUAAUUAGAAUGAUAUUAUGUAAAUAAACAUAAAAGUUUCACUAACAUGAAGAAAUAAAUUAAAUCUUAAAAGUUUUGAAAAAUCAUAUAUGUCAAUAAAAAUA